GCUUUCAAGCAGAACAUAUUACAAACUUCUCUAGGCAGCGUAUUAAAUUGUCUAGUGUGUGUGUCCGUGUGUGCGUGUGUGCAAAAUGGCAAAAGUUAAUUAAAAAACUGUAGACUACACAGCUAACAGCAGUUUGGCUUGACAGCGGAGCUUAGUCUAGAACAAAAUGCCGGGCGUUGUGUUUCUAAUCGUUGUGCCAACGGCAAAUUUUGAGCGCGAGUUGAUUUACGGCACUUCAAAUAAUGUGCUGGUGGAGACAGUGGGUGGUCAUGCACAUGGACAGCAGGAGGCACUGCCUCAUGCGUUGGGCAAUAAUAAUCUGAACAUCAAUCUUCCGGAAAAUAACAACGCAAUACUACGACUCGAAGUUGAACUACGUGACAAGAAUGUGCCCAAGUAUCGACGUGGCGGUGGAGUAGUGGGCGCGAUGGGACGUGGCGCGGGGCGUGGCACUGCAGCAGCAGCAGCAGCGACAGCCAAGCGUAUGGCACCAAGGCCGAAUGCUGGACCAGCAGCAACGACAGCAACAACAACAACUGCUGGUGGACAGCCGAUGGACAGACGCAAUUUAGUCGUGCCGCUGGAAAAGGUGCUUGAGGAGUUACUUGUCAAGCUUGAAAUCGAGCACGUUACCUGGACAACUAGCAAAAAGGGAUAUUUCCAUCAUGUUGUCUUCCCACUUCAAGCUGGCGAUGCCUGCGAGACAACAUUACACUGUCUAACAGAGCUGGGCAUUGGCACCAAAUUGAAUUCCAGUGUCAGUGUAUUGCCCUGCAGCGUUAGCUACGAUGCCAUCACAGAUGCAACCAACAUGCGAGAUGAUUACAGCGAUGAUUCGGAGGAAGUCUCGAGGUGGAACAACUUUGUGGAAUCAAUUAAAUCGAAACUAACUGUAAAGCAGGUGGUCGACGGUGUGCGAGCUGGCGGCUCCUUGUCCUUUGACUAUUUACUGUUAAUUGUUACAGCCGAUUCGCUGGCUGCUCUGGGUCUGGUCGAGAAUAAUGCACCGAAUAUUGUUGCGGCCAUGUUGGUUUCACCGCUUAUGGGUCCCGUUAUGUCGAUUACAUUUGGCGCAAUUAUCUCCGACAGAGAACUAAUGCGCGUCGGCUUUAUGUGCUUGGCUUUGGGCAUGUUUAUCUCGUGCCUAUUUGGCUUUUGCUUUGGUCUUAUACUCGGCACCACCGAAAUGCCUUGGGGUCAAAAUGCCGAUUGGCCCACCGAGGAAAUGCGCGGCAGAGGCAAUGUGCGUUCGUUAUGGAUGGGCGUGCUAUGGGCGCUCACAUCUGGCACUGGAGUUGCUGUCGCUCUGCUGCAAGGCUCGGCAGGUCCUUUGAUUGGUGUUGCCAUAUCAGCUUCGCUAUUGCCGCCCGUUGUCAAUUGCGGUCUAUUUUGGUCGCAGGCUUGCAUCUGGUUGAUUUAUCCAGAGAAGCGCAUACCGCACUUGAAGAACGAAGCAAUGAACUCCACAUCGGCGUAUCCGUUUCUCUAUACGGACUAUUUGCCAACGGAAUUUCUUAUCAAUGGCAUUGUCUCCGCCUGUCUGACAGUUGUGAAUGUCAUUUGCAUAUUUAUAACCGCGAUUAUUGUAUUGAAAAUUAAGGAAGUCUCAGCGCCAUAUACAGCAAGUCCAGAUCUUAAGCGUGGCUCUGGCACUGGCGGUGGCAGCUUCGCGGGACUGGACGAGGCACGUGAUGCCAAAAUGGACACCGCACUGGAGCGCGCCUUGGCGCAGGCGGAGAGCGAUGUGACAUUCAGAAAGGUCAAACGCAUGAGCUACUCGAACAAUGCGGUGGGCGAACUCACUGAGCGUCUGGCCAAGAUUGCGGGCCUCAACAAGCGACAUCUGGACGAUCCGCUGCGCAGCAAUUCCAGCAGCUUGGCAGGCAGCGCGCUUGAAAAUUUUGCUGCCUUGGAGCAGCAUGCAGCGGGCAGCAAAGCAGGCGACAGCAGCUUGGAGUCAGGCACGCGCACGCCGCCCGUGCGCAAAGCGUCCAAGAAGCUCAAUCGCUGGCGUCCGCUCUCGCGCUCAGCGCACAGCUUUAAACGCGGCGGCGGCGGCGGCGCUGGCGAUGCUCGCGACUUUACACAGCUGCAGGAGCGCAGCGAAAUGCAGUCAGCGCUCUCGCCGCAUCCGCCCAACAUGCCUACGAUUAUGGAAAGCAGCGCAGGCAGCCCGACGCCAAAUAAUGCGCAUGCCAGCAAUAACAAUCCUUGGACGGCAUCCUUGGAGCGCACACCUGCUGCUGUGCGAAAUAUGCUGCAUAACAUUGCGGCUGGUGCGAAUAACGCUGAGGAUCAGCUGAAUCUCACACAGAAUUAUGUGGGCUAAAAGCAGCAUACGCUGCGUAUACGUAACUUACUUAGUAUGCAGCAAAGUAAACUUAUUUAAUUAUAUGAACAACAAGCGCAGAAAUCUUUAGCAAAAAAGUUUAUAGAA